AUGGUGCUCGAACACUCCCCUUACCAGGAUCCCAGAACCUGGAAAAUGACCCCGGCCAUGAUUAGAGCCAGACAGCCUUUUGUCAAGAGAAACCUGAUUGGUUUGGGCGCACUUCUACUAGUUACUGGAGGUAUUUACGUAUACACUUACCGGUUCUUGAACAGGGAUAACGACUUUGCAGACGUUCCAAUCCCACCUAUCGAUGCCCAAGAGCUAGAAAAGCUCAAGAAAGAGUACGAGGAACACAAGAAAGACGCCCGCAAAAACUGA